AUGGCUGGAGGACACGGCAACGGUCACGGGAUCACCCAUGGCGGUUUGACGCUGCACCCCGCGGCGCGCUGGCAUAAGGUCGUCGGCACCGGCAUGUGCGCGAUGAUGUGGUUCUGGAUUCUCUACCGUGCCAAGGAGGACGGGCCAGUACUGCUGGUAAGCCUAGCUCUUCCCAACUCCCCCCUCCCCUCCUACCCUGCUUUCACCGUUCACAUUUCCAUCCUCUCUUUCUGA